AUGGGCUCGCUGAGCAGCCGGGUGCUGCGCCACCCGGGGCGAGCCCGAGCCCAGCCGGAGCCGGCUUCUGGAGCUGGGGGCUCCGCCCGGAGGCCGGAGACUGGUGGCGACGCGCCCGGCCAUGGCUUCUGUUACUGUCCGGGCAGUCACAAGCGCAAGCGGAACAGCGGGACCUUCUGCUACUGUAACCCCGAUUCCGAGACCGACGAGGAUGAGGAGGAAGGGGACGAGCAGCAGCGGCUUCUCAACACCCCUCGAAGGAAAAAACUGAAGAGUACAUCCAAAUAUAUUUAUCAAACAUUAUUUUUAAAUGGUGAAAACAGUGACAUUAAGAUUUGUGCUCUAGGAGAAGAGUGGAGCUUACACAAAAUAUAUUUAUGUCAAUCUGGCUACUUUUCUAGUAUGUUCAGUGGUUCUUGGAAAGAAUCCAGCAUGAAUACCAUUGAAUUGGAGAUUCCUGACCAGAAUAUUGAUAUAGAAGCACUUCAGGUGGCAUUUGGGUCAUUGUAUCGAGAUGAUGUCUUAAUAAAGCCAAGUCGAGUCAUUGCUAUUUUGGCAGCAGCUUGUAUGCUGCAAUUGGAUGGUUUAAUACAGCAGUGUGGUGAGACGAUGAAGGAGACAAUCAAUGUGAAAACUGUGUGUGGCUAUUACACAUCUGCAGGGACCUAUGGACUAGAUUCUGUAAAGAGGAAGUGCCUUGAAUGGCUUCUAAACAAUUUGAUGACUCACCAGAAUGUUGAACUUUUUAAAGAACUCAGUAUAAAUGUGAUGAAACAACUCAUUGGUUCAUCUAACUUGUUUGUGAUGCAAGUGGAGAUGGAUGUAUACACAGCCCUUAAAAAGUGGAUGUUCCUUCAACUUGUGCCUUCUUGGAAUGGAUCUUUAAAACAGCUUUUGACUGAAACAGAUGUCUGGUUUUCUAAGAGGAAAAAAGAUUUUGAAGGUAUGACCUUCCUUGAAACUGAGCAAGGAAAACCAUUUGUGUCAGUAUUCAGACAUCUAAGGUUACAGUAUAUUAUCAGUGAUUUGGCCUCCGCAAGAAUUGUUGAACAGGAUUCUCUAGUACCUUCAGAAUGGCUGUCUACUGUGUAUAAACAGCAGUGGCUGGCUAUGCUCCGAGCAGAACAAGACAGUGAGGUGGGGCCUCAAGAAAUUAAUAAAGAAGAACUAGAGGGAAAUAGCAUGAGGUGUGGUAGGAAGCUUGCCAAAGAUGGUGAAUACUGCUGGCGGUGGACAGGUUUUAACUUCGGCUUUGACCUGCUUGUAACUUACACCAAUCGAUACAUCAUUUUCAAACGCAAUACACUGAAUCAGCCAUGUAGCGGAUCUGUCAGUUUACAGCCUCGAAGGAGCAUAGCAUUUAGAUUACGUUUGGCCUCUUUUGAUAGCAGUGGAAAACUAAUAUGCAGUAGAACAACUGGCUAUCAGAUACUUACACUUGAAAAGGACCAGGAACAAGUAGUGAUGAACUUGGACAGCAGGCUUCUGAUCUUCCCUUUAUAUAUCUGCUGUAACUUCCUGUAUAUAUCGCCAGAAAAAAGAACUGAAAAUAGUCAUCAUCCAGAAAAUCCAGAAAACUGAAGAUCUCACCAGUUGGAAACAGUAGCACUUUGAAAGCUUUUUGGCCAGCUUUAAUUUACUGGCCCUGCAGAUAUUCACAUCUAAGGUGACUAACAAUGACAAAGGCCUUACGAACUGUACAGAUAAUACAGAAGACUAUUCUUAUCC